CUCCCCUUCUACACGGCUCUCUCAUACUGCUGGGGCGACCCGGGCAUCACUCGACCCAUCGCGCUCGACGGAAAAGAGCGGCAUGUCACCGUCAGCCUCGAGACGGCCGUCCGGCAUCUCCGAAAGACGGACAGCGAGUUCAUCGUCUGGGCGGAUGCAGUAUGCAUCAACCAGGAGGAUGCCGCGGAGCGAGCCUCGCAGGUGCAGAUGAUGGCCGACAUUUACCGGAGCGCGUCGUCGGUCGUCGUGUGGCUCGGCGAAGCGGGCGACAACAGUGACGUGGCCAUGGACACGUGCGUGAAGUGGGGUGGCGGCAGCAAAGACGACCCCGCCGCCUCCCACCGCAUCUUCGAGAACGUGAUCGAGCCGGUCGACCGGCAGACCUGGCAGGCCGUCCGCAGCCUCUUCCAGCGGCCGUACUGGCGCCGGCUGUGGAUCUACCAGGAAGUC